GCCUCUCCUCCGAGCACCUGCUGGUUUGAUUCCUUUCCGUGUCCACAGUUUCUUCCCGGGAGUCCCUCCGUCGUCCUCAUGAACACCCUGAACCAGCAGUACGAGGAGAAGGUGCGUCCCUGCAUCGACCUCAUCGACUCUCUCCGCUCUCUGGGGGUGGAGAAGGACUUGGCGCUGCCUGCUAUCGCCGUGAUCGGAGACCAAAGCUCGGGGAAGAGCUCCGUGUUGGAGGCGCUGUCCGGGGUGGCUCUGCCGCGAGGCAGCGGCAUUGUGACGAGAUGUCCUCUGGAACUGAAGAUGAAGAGAAGGAGAGAAGGAGAGGACUGGUACGGGAAGAUAAGCUACCAGGACCAUGAAAUAGAGAUAGAAGACCCUGCAGAUGUGGACGGCUUGAUUAGAGAAGCUCAGAUCAAAUUGGCCGGGCAAGGGGUGGGCAUCAGUGAUGACCUCAUCAGUCUGGAGAUCGCCUCUCCUGAUGUUCCAGACCUGACGCUCAUUGACCUGCCCGGCAUCACCAGGGUGGCUGUAAAGGGACAAGCGGAGAACAUCGGAGACCAGAUAAAGAGACUGAUCCAGAAGUUUAUCUUGAAACAAGAGACCAUCAGCUUGGUGGUGGUUCCAUCCAACGUGGACAUAGCGACCACGGAGGCUCUGAAGAUGGCUCGGGAGGUGGAUCCUGAUGGAGACCGGACUUUGGGUAUCUUGACCAAGCCCGACCUGGUGGACAAAGGCACGGAAGAGUCGGUGAUUGAAAUCGUCCACAACGAGGUCAUCCCCCUGAAGAAGGGCUACAUGGUGGUCCGGUGCCGGGGUCAGCAGGAGAUCACAGAUAGGGUUUCUCUCACGGAAGCCACAGAAAGAGAAAAGGCCUUUUUCACCAACCACGUGCACUUCAACACUCUCUACAACGAAGGCCACGCUGGUAUUCCUAAACUGGCUGAGAAGCUCACACUGGAGCUGGUGCUCCACAUCGAGAGGUCUCUGCCUCGACUGGAAGACCAGAUCGAGCAGAAGCUGGCGCAGACUCAAGCGGAGCUGGAGAGAUACGGCUGUGGACCGCCGGCCGACGCGGCGGAGAGAGUCUUCUUCCUCAUUGACAAAGUGACCGCGUUCACACACGACGCCAUCAGCCUGACGACGGGAGAGGAGCUCAAGUGUGGAGACGAGUUGAACAUCUUCUCUACACUCAGAAGAGAGUUUGGGAAGUGGAACGCCCACCUGGACAAAUCCGGAAACAACUUUAACAGGAAGAUUGAGAGAGAGGUGGAGCAAUACGAAGACAAGUACCGCGGAAGAGAACUGCCGGGCUUCAUCAACUACAAGACCUUCGAGGUUAUGGUCAAGGAGCAGAUCAAGCAGCUGGAGGAACCGGCUGUCAAGAAACUCAAGGAUAUAAGCGACACGAUUCGGAAGCUGUUCAUCCAGCUGGCCCAAAGUAGCUUCAUUGGAUUUCCUAACCUUAUUAAAACAGCCAAGACGAAGAUCGAAGCCAUCAAGCAGGAAAAAGAGUCCACGGCUGAGUCCAUGCUGAGGACCCAGUUCAAGAUGGAGCUGCUGGUGUACUCUCAGGACCGGACCUACAGCAACAGCUUGAGUGACAGGAAGAAGGAAGAGGAGGAUGAGGAUGAUUUCCAGAAGAGUAUCGUGUACAGAAUGGAUAAUCGUGCAACAAUUCAGGAGCUGAUGUUGCACCUCCAAUCAUAUUACAAAAUCGCCAGUCAGCGCCUGGCGGACCAGAUCCCGCUGGUGAUCCGCUACCAGAUGCUGCAGCAGGCUGCUGCCCAGCUGGAGAGGGAGAUGCUGCAGGUGCUCCAGGACAAGGAGAGCUUUGAGUUCCUGCUGAAGGAGGACUUGGACACCGGCACCAAGAGGCUGGCGCUGCAGAGUCGCCUCAAACGCCUCAUGAAGGCCCGCACCUUCCUGGUGGAGUUCUAGUUCCAGAGAUCGGGCGUAGUCGGCACGCCGCGAACCGCGGCGGCAAGUUCAUAGUUGUGGGUAUUGUAGGCAUUUUAAAUGUUUGUUUUUGCUGAGGCUUUUUUAAAAUGUUUUUUUACAUUUUUUCUUUGGAACCACUGCAAUGCUAACUUUUCUGACGGAUUUUUAAAUAAGUCAUCCUUGAGUCACUUUAUUGCUUCCAGGCGCUAAAAGUGGGGAUAUUUUUUAUUAUAGUGCAAGGCAUUACAAUUAAAUUGUUAGUCCGAUAUGAAAAUAUAUAGAUACUAUUUAAAUGUCUUCAUGUGUUUUUGGGCUCCUGAACCAACGACAACUGUGCAACUUGCAGCUCAAAGCACAACACGAGUCUGCUGUACCGCUUUUUAUUCAUCACAUGUAGUACAAAUGUGGUGAAUGUAUUGCUGUGGUAUUUUAUUUUUUUAUUCUGUCCUGUGUGAAAUGGACACAUUUGCUUUAGAUGUUACAUUUAGGCCAGUGGUGCCAGGGUUACGGCCCGCGGGCCGGACUCGGCCCGACUGUACGUCACAUCCGGCCCGCGGGUGAUAAGUAGGGUUGGGUACCGGAAACCGGUGCCACAUUACAACCGGUAAUACCCGGACCGAAACGCAACGCACAUUUCGGUGCUUCUUUCCGGUGCCUGAGCCGAUUGAAAUUGAAAAAAACUAUUGUUGUGAACUUCUCUGGUGACUCCGCCCUGUCAGCAGGUUACGAUAGCCUAUUAUAUUUAACUUUGAGAGCGGAGGCGUGGCCGUGUGUGACGGCGUGAGGCCGACCACACCAGCGUCAGGCUGGACGCGACUUGGAGACCGUCACCGGUCCCCCUGAACACGGGGAGACCGAUUAUGACGAGCAGCCUUCACUCAGAUUAGUACCGUAACGUUGAUUGCAAGUCUUUCAUUCAUAAAAGUAGCCCAAUAAAUAAUUAGCCAUUAUAACCAUGUUUAAGCUAGCUCGUAGCUAGCGCUAGCUACGAGCGUGACAGUCUGUCAGUAGAUGUGUUGGUGUACAGCGAUACCGGCUGUUUACCCGGUGUUAUCGGGAAUAUAAUGACGGAGGGCAUAUAAAGACCGUGGGGCAUCACUUUGUUUCAGUGGACCUCUCGCUGUCAGAAGCAAAACUUUAUUUGUCACGUGUCAUCUUCAGUACCUCUGAUUGGUUGUUCUCUUUGCCCAACAACACAGUGACAGGAUUAACCUUAUAAGGUCUGCACAUGACAAUACAUACAUACCUGCAAACUUGUCACCUUUCGGUGAAAUUCACCUUUUUGAACUCAAAAUAGGUCAUCCACGUGAAUCGUGGAGAUCCGAAGAGUUUUUUGGGGGGGGUCACCUGGCCAGCUGCCGUUGAGAUUGCAGUGAGACGCGGAGAAAAGUGUGAAGUGGUGCUCUUCUUCGCAAUAAAACAUCUUUGAUGGACGUGUCGCGUCUCGGCCAAUCAGCGUUCAGAUGUCCACAGCGUUUGGGGGUUCAGGUUAGCUUGAAUGUUAGCCGCUACAUCUGCUGCCGUCACGCUGCACGGUGUAGCGAUGCUAACAAAGUACCCGUACGUUAAACACGAUGUGAUUUAGCAUAUUUUUAGUAUCGAUACUUCAUUAAGAGAGCGAUCAGAGCGCACGCGCUGCUCCGUGUCGAGCUGUCUGCGCACACUGCGCUGCGCAGCUCACAGCGAGAGAAGUGGCGCAGCUUUAGAGACUUCGGCUUAACAAAUAAAAAGAUGCCAGAAGUGAAAUGUUUCAGUCUGUAAAGUUGUGUAACUCUCCAGCUGCUCAUCCUGAUGAACUGUGGAUCAUCUGGUCAGAGACUAACGGCCUCAUAGUGGAUCAUCAAUGCUAUGAUGGAACCAUGUAGUUUCAUUCAUAUCUGGCUGUAUUAAUACUCAUAUUACUGUCAUUUGUUAAGUGUUGAAAAAGUUGGUAAAAAGUGAACCAUA